GAGAAGAGCGGAAAAAAGUGAAACUCCACCCUCCACCUCUGCCUCCCGCCCCCGGGGCCAAAGUACAAAGGGAGGAGGAAGAAGGGAACGGGGUUGGAGCCGUCGGGCCGAGGGAGCUGCACUGGGAAAAGGCAGCUCUGCUCAACUAGGAACACUCCAGCCAUUCCCUGCGCUAACAGACCCCACCGGAGCCCAGGCGCUGCCUCUCGGUGGCCCCACCUUGCACUUGGUGGGUGUCGGAGCCAGGCUCCCAGGACUGCUCCAGAACUGAGGGACGCCCGGGCCCCUCUGAGCCAGCCAUGGUGAGACGCCGGAGGCGCCGGGGUCCCACCCCCCGAGCCUGACCAAACCGCCCUGGGUGGCCCUCCUCUAAAAGCCCGAGAUGCAGGGGGCCAGGAGGCGACACUCCUGGCUCCCCAGAGAGGCGUGGGUCUGGGGCUGAGGGCCAGGGCCUAGAUGCCCAGGUUCCAGGACUAGGGCCUGGGCAGCCAGCAGGGGUGGGGAGCAGGGACACCCCAGGAAGGUCCCCCGCACGCCCCAACACCAGCUCCACCCAUGGAGCCCUUGAAGAACCUCUUCCUCAAGAGCCCGCUAGGGUCAUGGAACAGUGGAAGUGGGGGCAGUGGGGGUGGCGGUGGAGGCUGGCCAGAGGGGUCCCCGAAGGCAGCAGCUUACGCCAACCCUGUGUGGACAGCCCUGUUUGACUAUGAGCCCAAUGGGCAGGACGAGCUGGCCCUGAGGAAGGGUGACCGUGUGGAGGUGCUGUCCCGAGAUGCAGCUAUCUCAGGCGAUGAGGGCUGGUGGGCAGGCCAGGUGGGCGGCCAGGUGGGCAUCUUUCCAUCCAACUAUGUGUCUCGGGGUGGCGGCCCGCCCCCCUGCGAAGUAGCCAGCUUCCAGGAGCUUCGGCUGGAGGAGGUGAUCGGCAUUGGUGGCUUCGGCAAGGUCUACCGUGGCAGCUGGCGAGGUGAGCUAGUGGCUGUGAAGGCAGCUCGCCAGGACCCCGACGAGGACAUCAGUGUGACAGCUGAGAGUGUGCGCCAAGAGGCCCGGCUUUUCGCCAUGCUGGCACACCCCAACAUCAUUGCCCUCAAGGCCGUGUGCCUGGAGGAGCCCAACCUGUGCCUGGUGAUGGAGUAUGCGGCUGGAGGGCCCCUCAGCCGUGCCCUGGCUGGGCGGCGUGUGCCCCCCCAUGUGCUGGUCAACUGGGCUGUGCAGAUUGCCCGUGGGAUGCACUAUCUGCACUGUGAGGCCCUGGUGCCUGUCAUCCACCGAGACCUCAAGUCCAACAACACUCUGAGCUCUCCAAGGCAAGAUCACCUCCAUGCCCCCAGUACCCAGCCAGGAUGUCUGUCAGUUCUGCUGCUGCAGCCCAUUGAGGGUGACGACAUGGAGCACAAGACCCUGAAGAUCACUGACUUCGGCCUGGCCCGAGAAUGGCACAAAACUACGCAAAUGAGUGCUGCGGGCACCUAUGCCUGGAUGGCUCCCGAGGUUAUCAAGGCCUCCACCUUCUCUAAGGGCAGCGAUGUCUGGAGCUUUGGGGUGCUGCUUUGGGAAUUGCUGACCGGGGAGGUGCCCUACCGAGGCAUCGACUGCCUUGCUGUAGCCUACGGAGUGGCUGUUAACAAGCUGACACUGCCCAUCCCAUCCACCUGCCCUGAGCCCUUCGCACAGCUUAUGGCCGACUGCUGGGCGCAGGACCCCCACCGCAGGCCCGACUUCGCCUCCAUCCUGCAGCAGUUGGAGGCGCUAGAGGCGCAGGUCCUGCGAGAAAUGCCGCGGGACUCCUUCCAUUCCAUGCAGGAAGGCUGGAAGCGCGAGAUCCAAAGCCUCUUUGACGAGCUGCGGGCCAAGGAAAAGGAACUACUGAGCCGCGAGGAGGAGCUGACCCGCGCAGCACGUGAGCAACGGUCGCAGGCGGAGCAGCUGCGGCGGCGCGAGCACCUGCUGGCUCAAUGGGAGCUGGAGGUGUUCGAGCGCGAGCUGACGCUGCUGCUGCAGCAGGUGGACCGCGAGCGGCCGCACGUGCGCCGCCGGCGCGGCACCUUCAAGCGCAGCAAACUCCGCGCGCGCGACGGCGGCGAGCGCAUUAGCAUGCCCCUCGACUUCAAACACCGCAUCACCGUGCAGGCCUCGCCCGGCCUGGACCGGAGGAGAAACGUUUUCGAAGUUGGGGCUGGGGACUCGCCUACCUUUCCCAGAUUCCGGGCCAUCCAGUUGGAGCCUGCAGAACCAGGCCAGACUUGGGGCCGCCAGUCCCCCCGACGUUUGGAGGACUCAAGCAAUGGAGAGCGGCGAGCAUACUGGGCCUGGGGUCCCAGUUCUCCCAAGCCUGGAGAAGCCCAGAAUGGAAGGAGACGAUCCCGUGUGGACGAAGCCACUUGGUACCUGGAUUCAGAUGACUCAUCCCCCUUAGGAUCUCCUUCCACACCCCCAAUGCUCAACGGUGACCCCCCGCGGCCGAGCCCCGAGCCAGAGGAGCCUCGGCGCAGCCCUGCGGAGCGCAGCGGCGGCUCCGGGACGCCCAAGCUGAUCCAGCGCGCGCUGCUCCGCGGCACCGCCUUGCUCGCCUCGCUAGGCCUCGGCCGCGACCUGCAGCCGCCGGGGUCCCCGGGCCGCGAGCGCGGGGAGCCCCCACCAGCGCCGCGUGCGCCGCUGCCCACGCUGUGCCCAGCCGAACCGCCCCCCUCCCCGCUCAUUCGCUUCUCCCCCGAGACGCGCGACGCCCCAGUCUCCUUGCCGAGCCCUGACACCCCCCGCCCGCCCGCGCCCCUGCCGCUGGAGCUGGGGGUCCCCGCCGGCCAGCCAUCCGCCAAGAGCCCCAGGCGAGCGGAGGACAGGCGCGGAAGCACUGUCUCACCCCCACCAGGGAUCUCACGCUCUGCUCCUGGCACCCCGGGAACCCCACGCUCACCACCCCUGGGCCUCAUCAGCCGACCUCGGCCCUCACCCCUACGCAGCCGCAUCGAUCCGUGGAGCUUCGUUUCAGCCGGGCCACGGCCUUCACCCCUGCCCUCUCCGCAGCCUGCGCCCCGCCGGGCGCCCUGGACCUUAUUCCCAGACGCAGACCCCUUCUGGGACUCUCCACCUGCCAACCCCUUUCGGGGAGGCCCUCAGGACUGCAGGGCACAGACCAAAGACAUGGGUGCUCAGGCCCCAUGGGUGCCGGAGGCAGGGCCCUGAGGGCUGGGCUGCUCAUGCUCCAGCUGCCCUAGAGGAGCCACAACAUACACUGGAACAGGGGUGGGGCAAGCUCUGCGGCUACCUUGGGUCCCCAAGGACCCCACCUCUGUGAUAAGGUCAGGAACACUACACUGCACAGGAAGCCUUCACACUGGAUGGGGGGCCUGCAUCCCCCGCACUCUUGCAACCUGUGGGUCCCCUGACUUACCUGCCCUGUUGGGGCCUGACACUGUACCCAGCUGGUUGGGAGGACCAGAGCCUGUCUCAGGGAAUUGCCCCAGCGAGGGAGGAGGGGAGGUGCAGGGGAGAGGGGCCGGCCUCAGCUGUCACCAGCACUCUUGACCAAGCCCUGCUACUGUGGCCCCUGCCUCAGGGCUUAGUGCCUGGACCCCUGUCCUGGGGUCACCUGGGGCCAGGUCUCUCUGGGUGCCUUCCUGCUGCCCAGCCAGGGUUGGUGCCUAGGCCUCAGAAUCCAGUGAAGCCAAAUAAACUCCCCAAGCUGUCUCCCCAAGCAGCCUGUCGCUCUUCUUGGAGGUAACUGGGAUCCAACCCAUCAUAC